AUGGCGGCCGUACAGGGUGGUCUGGUCGACGCGGAUGAAGAAAAAGACAUGAAAGCAGAACCAUCUAACGAUGGCUGGGGAAAUAAUAAUAAUAAUAACACAAACGAUGGAAGACUCCUCUCUGCUUCGCCUGGGUCCAGUGCUUCGGCUGGAAGCAACAAACCCGCGGCGGGAGCUCCGGAGGACCAGCAGACGCUGCUGGCGGUGCUGCAGUUCCUCAGAAAGAACAAACUGAACGAGUCCGUCGAAAUUUUGCGUCGUGAAGCGGGAUUACCGGAGGAUUCGCUGGAGCAGAAGGGAGCUGAUUCCUCCGGUGCAGGCUCGGGAGGCGCUGCGAGCGGUGUGGAACUAGAGGGCGUGGAUGCGAGCUCUCUCCUAAGCCGUGUGACCGUCUCAGCCUCCGCCGGAGCCCAGGCGCCAACAAAAGCAGCAGCUGGGGAGGAUCAGCCAGAUGUCAAUGUGGUGCUGUCAGCUUACAGCCAGCAGGGAGACCCGGCUCUGUAUGAAGUUUACUACAGCGGCCUGAAGAAGUUCAUAGAAACGGUUUUGGACUGUCACCGAGCAGAACUGUCCCAGGUCUUCUACCCGCUGUUUGUCCACAUGUAUCUGGAGUUGGUGUACAACAAUCACGAAAAUGAGGCCAAGGCUUUCUUUGAAAAGUUUAGUGGGGACCAGGAGUGCUAUUAUGAAGACGACUUGCGUGUUUUGUCCAGCUUGACGAAGAAGGAGCACAUGAGGGGCAACGAGACCCUCCUCGAUUUCCGCACCAGCAAGUUUGUCUUGCGCAUCUCCCGUGAUUCUUACCAGCUGCUAAAGAGACACCUGCAGGAGCGUCAGAACAACCAGAUCUGGAAUAUUAUCCAGGAGCACCUCUACAUUGACAUCUUCGAUGGCAUUCCACGCAGCAAGAGCCAGAUCGACGCCAUGUCUGGCAGCUUGGCUGGAGAGGCUAAGCGAGAGGCCAAUAAGGCUAAGGUUUACUAUGGAUUGCUGAAGGAACCAGAAAUUGAGCUGCCUCUUGAUGAUGAAGACGAGGAGGCUGAGAAUGAGGAGGGUAAACCCAAGAAGAAGAAGCCCAAAAAGGACAGCAUGGGCUCUAAGAGCAAGAAGCAGGAUCCUAAUGCGCCUUCACAGAAUAGGAUACCUUUGCCAGAACUAAAGGACUCAGACAAGCUGGACAAGAUCAUGUACAUGAAGGAGGCCACCAAGAAGAUCCGCCUGGGGCCAGAUAGCCUCCCUUCUAUCUGCUUCUACUCUUUUCUAAAUGCGUACCAGGGUUUGACUGCAGUGGACGUCACAGAUGACUCCAGUCUGAUUGCUGGAGGCUUCGCUGACUCCACUGUACGGGUUUGGAGCGUCACACCGAAAAAGCUCCGCAAGGUCAAGUCUGCGGCAGACUUGAAUCUGAUUGACAAAGAGUCAGAUGAUGUGCUGGAGCGGAUCAUGGACGAGAAGACGGCCAGUGAGUCAAAGAUCCUCUACGGACACAGUGGCCCUGUGUACGGUAUCAGCUUCAGCCCUGACAGAAACUACCUGUUGUCGAGUUCUGAAGAUGGUACAGUCAGGCUGUGGAGUCUCUUAACAUUUACUUGUCUAGUGGGCUACAAAGGCCACAAUUACCCAGUGUGGGACACCCAGUUUUCUCCCCAUGGGUACUACUUUGUCUCUGGGGGACAUGACAGAGUUGCCCGGCUGUGGGCGACAGAUCACUACCAGCCUCUACGGAUGUUUUCUGGUCAUCUAGCUGACGUCACUUGCACGCGGUUCCACCCCAACUCCAAUUAUGUGGCCACAGGGUCCUCUGACCGCACCAUCCGCCUCUGGGACGUCCUGAAUGGAAACUGUGUCCGAAUUUUCACGGGUCAUAAGGGUCCAAUCCAUGCACUGGCUUUCUCUCCCAAUGGGAAGUUUUUGGCCUCUGGAGCCACCGACGGCAGAGUUCUUCUGUGGGACAUCGGUCACGGACUGAUGGUUGCAGAGCUCAAAGGCCACACAGAUACCAUCUAUUCCCUCAGGUUCAGCAGGGAUGGCGAGAUUCUUGCCUCUGGCUCCAUGGACAACACGGUUCGUCUGUGGGACGCAAUGAAAGCAUUUGAUGAUUUAGAGACUGACGACUUCACAGCAGCCACAGGACACAUUCAUCUACAAGAUAACUCCCAGGAGCUUCUGCUGGGCUCCUAUAUGACUAAAUCCACACCUGUCAUACACCUUCACUUCACCCGGAGGAACCUGCUGCUGGCUGCUGGGGCCUACAAUCCCUAAGACAUAACAAUAAUCAGUGGAAGCUUGAAAUGAUGCAAACGUUUGAUCCUAGAGCUCCACAGAUAACUGAGAUGGUUUGUGGGGCGGUGGGAAUAAAACAGAACUCUAUUAUCAGUCACAACUGGUGGACAUCUGGCUGUGAAUGGGGAUAAAAAUUAGCUUAGCCCACUCCUGCCCUGGCCCUCAGUCUGAAAGAUUCAGGCUCCAAAUCCAAGCUCAUCUAUUACAGAUAUUCCAUUGCCUGAGAAAAGUGCCAUUGUUGAUUGAGGACCGUUUCUAAAAAUCACUGCCAUGAGUACAGCUUUGCUCAACACAUGGCUGACAUUUCUGUAUAAUAGUAUUUUAUACUGGUGUACACUGUAAAUAAAACAAAACAU